AUUCAGGUCUGUUGUCAUGAAUCUAUCAAUAAAUUGCGUUAACAAGUUAUUUUUCAUGGCAAAACGAAUACAUAUACUUUUCAAAAAAAAAAAUCUCACAGGCCCACACAACAAAACUAAACUAAACUGAAAGCUCUUUUUGCUUGCUGCAGAACCUAAGCUGUUAGCUGUUGUGUCUUUCUCAUAGUGCCUUCCCUUCUUGUCCAAGCAUACACCCAGUUACCCAACCUUACGUACCUACCUUAUUCUCUCAUUAUAAUAACAUCAACACUAAGGGCCAUGAUGAUAUUCAUGCUUGCAUCCAUAUAGUUUCUCCUCUGCACAACAUAAUUUUCUCCAUCCGAAAUCAAACAUGAGGCCUAAAACACAACAAACCUUCAAUCUGAAAGUUAUCCUUGUCUGUCUCCUUGUUACCUUCUUCCUCAUCUUCAUCUUGAGAUCGAGUCUGACAUACUCAGAUGGAAACCAAACUCGGAUCUUGCCCACGUUUUCCACGAAACCUGUGGAGUGCGGUGAUGCUACCAACAAGAUUCCACGUUCCAUCGCACAGGCCCUGAUACAUUACUCGACUACGACCAUCACACCACAACAGACACUCAAGGAGAUAUCAGUGACUGCUAAAGUACUCGAGAAGAAGUCACCUUGCAACUUCUUGGUGUUUGGCUUAGGCCAUGACAGUUUGAUGUGGAGCUCACUCAACUAUGGAGGGCGGACGGUUUUCCUGGAAGAGGAUGAAGCCUGGAUAGGACAGAUCAAGAAGCGGUUCCCGAUGUUAGAAUCUUACCAUGUAACCUACGACAGUAAGGUUAACCAGGCAGAUAAUCUCAUGGAAGUCGGGAAAGGGACAGAAUGCACGGCCGUGGAUGAUCCUAGGUACUCAAUGUGCCAACUGGCUCUAAAGGGUUUGCCUAAAGAAAUCUACGAGACUAAGUGGGAUCUAAUUAUGGUUGACGCACCAACUGGUUACUACGAUGAAGCCCCAGGGAGGAUGACUGCCAUAUACACAGCGGGUAUGAUGGCACGGAACAAGGAUGAAGGGGAAACAGAUGUGUUUGUUCAUGAUGUGAACAGGGAAGUCGAAGACAAGUUCUCUAUGGCUUUCCUGUGUGAUCGGUACAUGAAGAAACAGGAAGGAAGGCUAAGGCAUUUCACCAUUCCGAGCCAUAAGGAUGGUUCAGACAGACCAUUUUGUCCCGACUCCCAAGUAAACCAUGCAUGAUGCCUGCUUUCUUCUGAUCCUCCCACUUUUGCCCUGCUGUUUUCUACACAGACAUCAAAGAGACUAGACAAUAAGCCUAAGCUAGUUAGAAUUUCUUACUAUGUGAAACUACUGUAUACUUUUUUUUCCUUGUGAGAAAUCAAUGGCCAAUUUCUGGCUAUGCACAA